AUGUUUCAUGGAAGGCAAAAUUCCGGAUUUGAGAUUACAAACGUUGUUUCCACAAACAGGAUCCGCUUGGUCGAGUGUGGCCAUCUCGGAGCCAGUGCCCGCCCUUCUGGUCGAGCUGGCACACACGUGCAAUGGGCAUCAACGCCGACAGGGCAGUGGGUGAGGGUCUUCUCGACAACCGCCAUUGCUCCGAAUCGGCAGCGAGACAAGUCACGUGUUGAAAACAGCUUGGGCUUGGCCGAGUUUGGAGAUGCCUGGACUGAGUUUUACAGUACGACUUCCGGCCUGCCAAUUGGAAGGGGCUAUGACCGUGUCGUUUACGGUGAUCAUGGCCCAUAUGUAGAGUUUUCAGCGCAUCAGCUUUGCUGGUCAACCUUCCCUGCCUUUAUCGAAAAGCCAGAGAUGAGCUUUUUUGAUGAGUAUUACACAGCAGAUGGAGCAACCAUGCUGUAUGCACAGAAGCGGACGGUUGUUAACAAGCCAAACCCUCCCAACGGGCCUUGGUCUGCGCAGAACAACAGACCAGAAGGCUACGCGAACUACCUAAUAGGGAAGUUCUAUCUUGCUUGUGAGCCAGACAUCAUCACCGUGAGUCGGCCGAGCACAAAACCCAGGCGAAGGAAGCGAGGCAAAGGAGCAGAAGCAAAUCCACUCGAGAUCGAGGGUGGCGAGGGUGGCGAGGGUGUGGAGGGUGUGGAGGGUGUGGAGGGUGUGGAGGGUGUGGAGCUUCACGGUGUGGAGGGUCCUGACGACGCACCUUGUUUCGCACCUUCAGCAGAGAUGUGGCCACAAGACGUUUGGGCCCAGAGCCGAGAUUGGCAGCAGUGGCGAAAGGAGGAGUGGGAGUGGCAAGGGGAGGGUCCGUGGCCAGAGGACUGGUGGGGUGAUCUCCAAGUCGAUGAUGAGGCUUGGAGGUAUGCUCGAGUGGGCGACCCGGAUGCCUACACGAACGUCCGCGCAUGCGGCCCCCAUGUGUCCGCAGAGAGCGCCAGCAUGUCUGAAGCUUGGCUUCCAACUGCGCAAGAAAGGCAGCUUUCCAUGGCACUGAGAACUUGCCAAGGCUGA